AUAUCUCAUCAAACUUCAAAAAAAAAAAAAUCGAAAUGGUUUCGGACAAGUUUCCGGUGUCGGGACUGUUGCUUCUGGUCCUAAUCGCCGUGGGCUCUCCGGCCAUGGCGGCUGGACCGGUGUGCCCUAAGACUAAGGUUCUAAGCGGAGCUAGCUUUCCCGACGGUUUUCUCUUUGGUACCGCUACUGCGUCUUACCAGGUUGAAGGUGCUGUAGACGAAGGAUGCAGAGGUCCAAGCAUGUGGGAUAUCUACUGUCGGAGGUUCCCAGAUAGAUGCAACAAUGAUAAUGGCGACGUAGCCGUUGAUUUCUACCAUCGUUACAAGGAAGACAUAAGGUUGAUGAAACGAUUGAACACAAAUUCUUUCAGGCUCUCCAUUGCAUGGCCGCGAAUAUUCCCUCAUGGGAGAAAAGAGAAAGGAGUAAACAAAAUCGGUGUGAAGUUCUACCACGACCUCAUCGACGAGCUCCUCGCAAAUGAUAUAACACCUCUAGUGACGGUCUUCCACUGGGAUAUCCCCCAAGAUAUAGAGGAUGAAUACGGCGGAUUCUUGAGCGAACGAAUAGUGAAGGAUUUCACAGAGUAUGCGGAUUUCUUGUUCAACGAGUAUGGCGACAAAGUGAAGAACUGGAUGACGUUUAACGAGCCCUGGGUGUUCAGCCGUGCCGGUUAUGACACGGGCAAGAAAGCGCCCGGACGCUGUUCCAAGUAUGUCAGUGACAAAUGCCAAGAAGGUCGGUCCGGAUACGAGGCUUACAUUGUUAGCCACAAUCUGCUUCUCGCCCAUGCUGAAGCUGUUCAAUCCUUCCGAAACUGCCAAAAGUGCAAAGGUGGGAAGAUUGGGAUAGCGCACAGUCCUGCAUGGUUUGAGCCUCAUGACCUUGCGGACGCCCAAGCCGGAGCUUCUGUUGAAAGAGUUCUCGAUUUCAUCAUGGGAUGGCAUUUAGAUCCGACAACCUUUGGAGACUACCCGCAGAUAAUGAAGGAUGUUGUCGGAUCUCGACUGCCCAAUUUCACGGACGAACAGAAGAACAAACUGAAGAACUCCGCCGAUUUCGUCGGAAUCAAUUACUACUUCUCCUACUUCUCCAACCACAAGGUGAAAGUCGAUCCAUCCCGGCCAAGCUGGCAGUCCGAUUCUCUGUCCGAAUUCGAAACCAAGAGUGCGCAAGGCUAUAACAUCGGUAACAAGCCAUUGACUGCUGUUAUGGCGGUCUACUCCAAGGGCCUCAGAAAACUUUUGAAAUACAUCAAGGAUAAAUACAACAACCCAGAAAUUAUAAUUGCCGAAAAUGGAUACGGAGAGAUCCUUGGAGACAAAGAUGGAGAUCUUGGGGUGGCGCUUGCCGAUGAAAACAGGAAAUACUAUCUCCAGAGGCAUCUCUUGAAUUUGCAUGAAGCCAUCUGCGUGGACAAAGUGAACGUGACCGGGUAUUUCGUGUGGUCAUUGCUGGACAACUUCGAGUGGCAAGACGGAUACAAAACUCGAUACGGUCUCUACUACAUCGAUUUCAAGAACAACUUGACCCGACACGAGAAAGAAUCGGCCAAGUGGUAUUCGGAUUUCCUCAAGAAACAGACAAACCCAUCACCGGUUAAGUCAGAGCUCUGAGUCCAUAUCGGAUUGCCGAAGCUAUAGUAAAUGAGGUUUUGUCUUCGUCACUAUAAAUGUGGUUUUUUUUAUUUUGUCUUUGGUCGUGUCGUGUAUGGCCCAUGCAUGGAGUUGGUCUUCAUUGCAAUAAAUCUUCCGUUUCUCGUAUCAA